AUGUUACUCGAGAUCCGAUGUUCGGAUAUCCUGAAUGAUGCCCACAUCUAUCGAUCGUUUGCAUCGAAUGAGGUUGUGCCGGAUGUGGUCGAAGAAGCUCCGGACUGUUGGCUAAGAGUUGCGUUCAAAAGUGGCCGUGAAGCGGAAGGAGGAAAUAGGCUAACUCCCACACAAACCAGGAGCAUACCGGUGCUAACUUUCAACGCAAAUAAUCGUUCGUUUUACACGUUAAUUUUGACCGAUCCGGACGCACCGAGCCGAGAUGACCCGAAGCAUCGUGAAUUUGUGCACUGGAUCGUCGGAAACAUUCAGGGGAACGAUCUGGAUCGGGCCGAAACCAUUGUGGAAUAUCUUGGUGCGGCGCCACCGAAAGGAACGGGACUCCAUCGGUAUGUUUUCCUGCUGUACGAGCACCAGAAUCGGCUGAACUUCACCAACGAAGUACGGUUAUCGAACCGCUGCCGAAACCCGAGGCGCUACUUUUCCACCCGGAACUUUGCACGGAUUUACGGUUUGACAAACCUCUGGGCAGGCAAUUUCUACCAAGCGCUGUACGACGACUACGUACCGGUGCUGCAAGGGCAGCUAUCCGAAUGUACUGAGUAUACUUGA